AUGAGUGGAACUCUGGCCGGCGCGUGCGAUAAGGCGCAUUGGCACGAGGACACCGGUAUCAUGGUCUGCAACAUCUACAAGGCUCUCUUCAGCUUCACUCUAUUCGGAUUCCUCUCAACAGCAGCAGCCCUAGUCCUCGACAUCUACGUCCGCCGCCGACAAACCAAACGCGGCAUCUACCGCCUCCAAGACCUCGACACCAAGCAGCCCGAAGCCAGUCGCGGCCCAUACACCGACAACAACGGCGAGCGCGAAGUCGAUCAUGCAAAUGAGCCGCGCGAGUCUUUGGCCUGGGAGGAGCCGAGGCCGAGCAUGGGUCCUUACUCCGAGCAGGGACAUCAGGCCGAACAGCAGGGGUUCAGCGAUUUGGGCGAUAUGGGGAAUAGUCGGCAGGGGUAUGCGGUGCCGGAGGCGCAGUUCGGGUACGAUACCCAAUAUCACGGUGGGCACAACGAGGAGCCUUCGAAGGUGUGA